GGUGGAGAUGGGGGCGGAGGGAGCCGGAGCUGUCACAGGCCCCGCGUCCGCCUGAGCGAGCGAGCCAAGUCGGGGGUGUCAUGGCCGCAGGGGGCAGCGGCUGCACUUCCUCUGCUGGCAGCGGCGGCCGGGGAGUUAGUCCUCGACGCACGGGUCGGUCCCGUUUCCCUCUGUGCGGCGGCCGGCGGGACCAUAAGGGCUUAACUCAUAUAUUUAACCCCCCUCCAAAAAGAUUUGAAAGUGUUCUUGAAGGGCUGUUUGGACCUGCGUUAUUAAGAGAUCUCAGUUUAUUUAAAGAGUGUGAACCUGAAAGCAUUUCUGAUUGGGCUUUCGAUGAAAAUUGUCUGUUCUGUUGCUUGAGAAGAGAUAAAGUAAAGGGACAAUUAGUCGGUCUGGAUGAGCCAGCUUCCGGAGCUGGGCAAGAAGCUUUGCUUAAACAAGAGCACGCAAAAGUCACCCGACUCCAGAGACAAGCAGAAGAGUUCCUCAAUGCAGUCUUUUAUAGAAAAGACAGUCCCUGGGUCUCCGACCCCAAUGUCCCCCUAGUGGCCCGUGAGAUCAUGCAGCGAAUGAUCCAACAAUUUGCUGCUGAAUAUACCUCAAAAAAUAGCUCUACUCAGGACCCCAGCCAGCCCAAUAGCACAAAGAACCAAAGCCUGCCGAAAGCACCUCCAGUCGCCACCUCCCCCACGGCUGCAACUGCUCAGAACCCUGUGCUCAGCAGACUUCUCAUGGCUGACCAAGACUCACCUCUGGACCUUACUGUCAGAAAGUCUCAGUCAGAACCUAGCGAACAAGACGGCGUACUUGAUUUAUCUACUAAGAAAAGUCCAUGUGCUAGCAGCACUUCCCUGAGCCAUUCUCCCGGCUGCUCCAGUACCCAAGGGAACGGGCGACCUGGGAGACCCAGCCAGUACCGCCCAGAUGGACUUCGGAGUGGUGAUGGGGUACCUCCAAGAAGCUUACAGGAUGGAACCAGGGAAGGUUUUGGACACUCCACAUCACUCAAAGUUCCACUGGCUCGAUCCUUGCAGAUUAGUGAAGAACUACUGAGCAGAAAUCAAUUGUCCACAGCUACCAGUCUUGGGCCGUCUGGAUUACAGAAUCAUGGACAACAUUUAAUAUUAUCCAGGGAAGCCUCUUGGGCAAAACCUCAUUAUGAAUUCAACCUCAACCGUAUGAAGUUCAGGGGAAAUGGUGCACUCAGCAACAUCAGUGACCUUCCUUUUCUUGCAGAAAACUCUGCCUUUCCAAAAAUGGCACAUCAAACAAAACAAGAUGGAAAAAGGGACAUGAGCCAUUCAUCUCCUGUAGAUUUAAAGAUACCACAAGUUCGAGGAAUGGAUCUUUCUUGGGAGUCUCGCACUGGUGAUCAGUACAGCUAUAGCUCUUUGGUAAUGGGUUCACAAACGGAGAGCGCGCUUAGUAAAAAAUUAAGGGCUAUUCUUCCAAAACAAAAUAGAAAAAGCAUGUUAGAUGCUGGACCUGAUUCUUGGGGCUCAGAUGCUGAGCAGUCUACCUCUGGACAGCCAUAUCCCACAUCGGAUCAAGAAGGAGACCCUGGCUCCAAGCAGCCUCGGAAGAAAAGAGGGCGUUACAGACAGUACAACAGUGAAAUACUGGAGGAAGCCAUCUCUGUGGUUAUGAGUGGAAAAAUGAGUGUUUCCAAAGCUCAGAGUAUUUAUGGGAUUCCCCACAGUACAUUGGAGUACAAAGUAAAGGAGAGGCUGGGCACUUUGAAAAACCCUCCAAAGAAAAAGAUGAAAUUAAUGAGGUCGGAGGGGCCAGAUGUUUCUGUAAAGAUUGAAUUAGAUCCCCAGGGAGAGGCAGCACAAAGUGCAAAUGAAUCAAAAACUGAGUAGGAAUCCUGUAGAGUGCCAAUUACUGUACAAACUGGGUGAGCGCUACUGCAUCAUUGUUCAGCUGUCACUGCUGCACCUGACUUCAUUACUGUGACACUUGCCUCUGCAGGUUUUGCAUUGACUUGUUCACAGAGGUGAAAGGUGCAUUCUGAAUGUUGCAUAUUUUAAAUUUUCAUGUGCAGUAUGGCUCGGAAUAUUGUUUGGCCUUUUGCAUGUUUCUCUACACAGAGAAUUGAGUUACCUCACAAAGACCAGAUACAUGGAAGUGGACUCCUUGCCUGUAGAGCAUGCAUGAUUUUCUUUAUUUUCUUUCUUUUAACCCCUUAAGUUAUGUUUGCUUUUACUUUAAAAAAGAAAAAGAAAAGAAAAAGAAGAUGAUGAUGAAGAAGGAAAAAACAGUCCCCUUUAGAAAUUACCUCUGUCAUACUGGGAGCUUUAUUUAUCAUUACAGAUUGGAAAGCCGUCUUACAAAUAUGUUCACAUUUUUCUUACAUGAUUCAACUAAUUGAAAGGUUAAACUAAACAAAACAAAACAAAAAACACAAAUGAUGAACCUUUGACUCUAAGAAAUUUGGUUACUCGAUAAAUACUUGGGUCAUUUAUAAUUAUGCUUUAUCAUUUUAUUUUCAUUAUUAAAUUUACUGACUAAAUUAGCAGUGUCUUAGUGCUCACCCAGAGGGGAGGCAGUAGAGAUGUGCACACACUACCUUCAAAAUGUUUCAUUCAGUUCACUGUUUGGGACACUACCUUUGCUGUAAUUUCAUUUGAGAUUUUCUAAGGGUAGAAUUUGCUCUCACCACCAAGUGAGAUUAUAGCCUUAUCUCAUGGAGGACGCGCUCCCUUCUUACUCAGGAGCAGUCAGGGUACAUUUCAUAAACAAUGGAGGAUGCCUCAUCUUAGCAAAUUUAGCUUUCUUUCUUUUUCAGUGGUUUUGUAGAUGUGAUCAUGUACUAACCAACAACUGAGUACUGUUUCAGCCAUUAGUUGUAGGGUGUCUAAGCUGUGCUUCUUGGGAGUCAGAAAAAACAAAGCAAUGUGUAUUAGUUCUUAUAGCAUAGCUAAACUGAUGCUUAAGAUUUUUCAGCCUUGAUAAUUUCUACAUAGAUGAAGGAUCUAAGUUUUUGGUAAGAAGAAAAAUCACAAUCUCACGGUGACCUAAUAUGAUUGAUUAGGUUGCAUGUUAAUUCUGCUAAUAGUUCAACUGGUAGUUUUGUUCACUGUAGUUUCUGUUUUUAACUGAUUCAGACACUGCUACAAGAUUGGGAGAGGCUGCAUUUUAGAUUUUAGUUAAUUUUGUUUAGCUGAACUUUUUCCCCCCUUACUCUUAGGGCAUCCUACAUACUCUCCCCUUCUUGACCUUUUCUGGUUGUUUAGCACACAUUUCAGGCCCUUUUCCGAUCAUGUUUGUGUAAGCACUCCUUAAAGAACGUCUUAAGCUUUGUGUGAGAUGGACACAUGAAAUUGCAGUAAUUUAAGUUUGGAAGAUUUAUUUUUGACAGGUAACUGCAAGAAUUCCUGAUUAGUAAAGUCAGUGGAAUUUAAUCUCUUACUAUGAUCAGGUUAAAAUUACUAUUUUGUGCAAAGCAAAAUCCACACCGCUUAAACCCUGUAUGUUAGUCUGCUGAGAAAGAUGAUCAGGCCCUUCUAAAUGCUUAGCCAAACUCCAAAUUCAUUGGCAUUUCUGACUAAGUAAAAUAAGCAUUCAGUGUUCAUUAGGUUAAAAUUGGUGAUUUCAGGAGAAUACUAACAACUUGAAAAGUAGUAGGAAUACGUCCAGAAUAGGCCUCAUGCACAAAUUCCUGACUGUGAACUUUGGACCCAUUAAUUUAAUUAGGGAAAAGAUUUCACUUGCAACCUGUGUGUUCAAAGGUUAGGCACACCAUUGCUGCUGUUAAAAUUAAGGCAUUGUUCAUUUUGACAUAGGUCGGGUGUGGAUUUCUCUUUUGAUUUGGUUAUUUUGUAAAGCAAUUUAAUCCGUGGAUGACUGCCUGUUUCUCGGCCUUUUAGUCUCAACAGACAGAGUUUGUUAGUAUUAAUGUGACUGCAAUAUUUCCUAGCCUAGCUGGAAGUUGCAAUAAAGAUACAAUAUGAGGUGCAUGAUUUUCAUCUGCAAGUGAAGGAAGUUGUGUGAGAUUUGCUGAAAGCAAAAGGCUAAGCUUAUGAAGGGAAACCUUCUUUGUUCCCUCUCAGUUUGUUAGCACAGAAUUAAUUGCAGGCAUGGUUCCUUUUUGUGCAGUGCUUGGGGUACUCAGUAGCCCAAAAUUGCUGCAAAAAGAUCCUUUGAGAAAUUAAAUCGUGCUUUCAUUCCCUUUCAGAAAGACAUCAUUAAAGGCCCAUCUAAAAAUCUGGCCCUAAAAGUUGAACUUUUGUACUUUCAUUCUUCAGAGAGGUUUAGUCCUGUGGUAGUUUGUAGUGAUGUGUGGGUUGAGUUAUGUAACUUUUGUCAUCGUAGUGUAAUGGGAGUGACCAUCUUACUAAUAUAAAUAUUUUCUAUGUGUGUUUCAGUGGAUGACAAUCGAGCAGCAGAAGAAUGGUGUGCCUACCCUUUAAUGCUGCAGUUUAAAUAAGAGAACUUGUAUUGUGUCAUUUCAGACUGUAGGCUGAGAGUUGUACAUAGUGAAAAUUGAGUACUUAUAUUAUUUGUUUUGGUUAGAAAGUGAAUUUUAAAAACAAACCAAACUCUAAACUUCUCAGAGUAAAGUCCUGAGACCUGAAGAUUGUAAUAUUCAUGUCUGUGAAGCUUUUUAACAUUACACUUGAGAUCAGUCAUGACUUGAUAUUCAGGUAAAUUUUCUUUUCCAAUAAGCUUUUGAAUGAGCAUAUUUUCUCCAAAGGUUGGUUGGUUGGCUGGUUUCUCUCUUUCUUUCUUUCUUCCUUUCCUUUGUUAUUGUGUUGUUUUCUUUGAGUGUAGAUUGUUUUAAAGCACUAAUUGCAUUACAUUGGUAACUGCAAUAUAAAAUAGCCAUUAUUGUUUUGUGAAGCAUGAUUGAAGUUAGAUAGUGGUCCCUUUUAAAAUUCAUGAGCCUCUCAAGAAAAAAAAAACUUAAAAAAAAAGACAAAAGCUGCUGAAUAUUUCAAAAGAUAUAUAUUUUACCUUAUUGUAGGUUUGUAAAGUUAGUUUGUAAUAUUCAGGUGCACUUUUAUUGUUAAACUUUGUGUUCAGAGUUCCAUUAUACUGCAUAUUUCUUGGAGGUGGCUGUCAGUCCUCAUACCACAGUGAUCCCUUAAUAGUUGAUUUCUCUCUUGAUUUGCCACUAUGCUGUAUGGCACUUUCAGUGUAGAUUUUCUAGGUUGGAGACGUCCUCAUAACUGUGUGAUAGCGAUUGGCCUACUUGCAUGCUUAAUUUCUGCUAAUCAGAGUUUUGCGUGGCCCAGACAACAGUUGACCAUUUUUGUGGUAUGGGAGAGUAUAGUUCACAACUGCCUGUCACAAAAGCCUUUUUUCUCAUAUUUUCCAGUAAAGUGAAUGAUGACAUUAUUCAAAUUACAUACCAUUAUUUGAGUUAAUGGUAGGAAAUAAUAUAUUUAAAAUAAGUCCUUGCUUUUUAGUGAGAGGACAUUGACAUCACACGGUAGAUAAGCUAGAGUACUGUGAAAUAAAAAACACUAAACUGUUCUAGGUGAGUUAUAGUUGGGAUGGUAUUUUAUUAUUAGCAUUCUUAAUUCUGAGAGAGCAGAAUCAGCACUCAUGACCUAGUAUAGUGUAUUGAUUUUACUUUGUUCAGUAGGCUUUCAAAUGACUGGAUUAUAUUGUGAUGAGCUAUACACUUUUAUUCUGGUCCCCACAUACCAUGAAGGACAAGGUCUCUUUUUCAGGAAAAAAUAUUUAUAUUUGUGUAUAAUACUUUUUAAUAUAAGUUUGUUGUUAUUCUGAAGUUUAGAUGUUGCUUGAUAAACCGUUGCUACAGCAGAUCAUGAAUAUGAGCAAGGCUUUGUGUAAUAGUAGGGUCCUUAUGUGAAGUUAAUUACUGUUCAGUUCUGGUGAGCAAGCUCAGAGGUGUGAAGUGUGUAUUAGCUUUAUUUGGUACAGUUUUACUUUAAAACAUUGAAGUGCUUUAGAACUCUGGUUAUCUUACAUAAAUCAUUACCUCAACCAAUUGGCAUUCUAUUCCCAAGUGUUUUACCUUAGCUCUAAGAUGAGCUGUAUGGGAUCAGAUAGCAAAACCUUAAGUGGCACAAGUAGGUGUUUAGUUCCCAGGUUUCUGGAGAAAACUCUUAAAUCAGACUAGAAGUGACUACCUGCUACAACCCAUAUCCUAACUACCUUCUGUCAUUAGGCAGUACAUGACAGCCGCUGAGCUGCUAGUAUGUUCUUUGCCUAUCCCAAGUAAGCACAUGUUGCCAGACCUGGUUCUAAGCCUUUGUGAUCACUUUACAUUUUAUUGCCCUAUGAUGAUGAAGCUCAGAUUUAUUUGGUCAUUCUCAUAAAACAAAUUGUCAGUUCAGUGUCAGAACCUGAAAUUAUUUUGAGCCAUCAAAGUGUGUGUAUGACAAGCUUGUGUUCCAUUAACAACUAUUGUAUCUCAGUAGCUUUCAUUUUGAAACAAAUUUUUGACUCUGGAACUCUUAUUUAACCAAAUGCUUGAGGUUGUUUUCACAUCUCCAUUCUUGUUUCUGUUCAGGUUGCUGUCAUUGGUGAAAGAAUAUGACAAUAGGUUAUAUUGCCCACUUAAUAUUUUAUGAGCAGAUUGAAAGUUACAGGUUAAAUUUUGGCCUUCAGGAAGAUGGAAGAUGUCACAUUGUUUUCCUUGUUCCCUUUCUAUUAGAAUAAAAUUAUCAUUAAUAUGCUGGUCAAUCCAGUAUUAUUCAGAGCUUGAUGGCUUUAGCCAAAUAGUCCAUUUAGGAGACUAUUGAACUAUACAGGUUUUGGUUUUUGGAGUUUUUUUGCUUGUUUUGUUUUGUUUAUUUUUUAUACUCUACUGAUAAAGAAUACACACACACACACACACACACACACACACACACUUGUGGUACAAGGAACGCAGACCUCCAUACUCUUUAUUUUGGAUUAAUUCAUUUCUUGAGACGAAGAUUUGUGAAUAUGGUGACAAGGGAGUAGAGGAAAUUCUUUCCAUAUCCUCUUUUAUUCCAACUUUUGAAUUUACCUUUUAAGGAAGCAAACAUUAGCCCUGUGGCACAACACUGGCUGAGUGUUGUAAGUGCUACAAAGGAUUUUGGAGCAGGUGUAAACUUUGAGAAACAGAUACAGAUCAACUGCCCCCAGCUGUAUUAAAUAAACUAAAUGGAUCUCAAGACACGGUAUUAAGAUUUGAUUAUGUGCAUUUGAUAGGAAAAUUUUUAAAACUCUGAGAAUUAAAUCUAAUGUUUAUAUAGCAGACAGUAAACAUGAGUUAAUUUUACAAUUAUUUGGGAGGUAACUUUAAUAUUCCCAGUUCAUGUAGAGCUGUAUCUGUAAAACAUGAAAAGCAAGCACUUUUAGUAAACCAUAGAUUUAUUGGUUGUAGCAAAUAUUCAUUUUGAAUGUGAAAAUGAACUCUUUACUCCUUGACCUGUCAUUGAACAGGCUCAAGAUAUUUUCAACACUGGAAAUGACCCCACACAUACCAAAUAAAUAGUCUAGAGCAGCGAGACAUUUGAAGAUUCAUACCUCUUAAACUUCUUAGAUUUGUCUUGAAAAACAAUUUGUGAACCUGUAACCAGUAUUACUGCAGUCUUGGGUUCCUUGUUCUGCAUAAUCGCACCCUUUCUCAGGUAUGUCCUGAAAACAUACAUUUAAAUCUCUUUGGAGAUUAGAUUCUCAGUGGAUAGUGUGUGAGGGGUAGGGGUGGGGGUGGGGGCUGGGAGUAGUUGGACACAGGAUACUGACACAGUAGAGCAGGGAUUUUAACAUUCGGUAGCCAAAUAGAAUUUCAGUCUAGAAUAUUUUUACCCCCACAGAAUGAACAAAACUAUUCCUAUUUGGUAAAUAACCAGUGCUACACUCCUCAAAAUCUUUGAUCCGGGUGACUUCUUCCUGCUUGAUGGAAGGUGUAUAGCAAACCUCACUGUCGUUAGGAAAGCACUUCCAAAUGUUUAAAGUUCUAGAAAGGGACAAUUCAGCACUUUUCUGUUAAAACACUAAAGUCUUAAUUUAUCUUCAGAGUCUUAGGUACUGUAAGUUUUAGGAUGAUUAUUUUAGAAACCAUAACUACAAGAUAUGGGGUCAAAUCACAUUUAUAUAAAUCUUAUUUUAACAAAAGACAACAUUUUGUACCUUUCUAGUAAUUCUAAGUAAUUGCCUCAUUUUCCCCAUUUCAUUUAAGCUUUUCUGACUUAGGAUUUUGGAAUUUGAGAGAAAGUGAGGGGGAAAUUCCCCAAAUGAAACGUGUUAUCAGACCAUUUUAGAAACAUAAGUCACUAAGGAAGUGGGUAGAGAUCCUCUCCCCUUUAAGUCUUCAGGGAAUGAGCAGUAUUUAGAAUCUUUGGCUGAAAUUCAAGCCUUUUUACUGUGUAAAUUUUUAAUACUAAUUCACUGACAUGCUUUUUACAUCAGAGGACUGAUACGAAUCUUAAUGGUUUUAAGUUGUGGAAGGGUAUAUUUCUAAAACCAAGGGGGGUUGAUUAACUAGGUUAGUAUUACCAGCAUUAGUGAGUUUAAGGAAUCUUAGUAUGUAAUAGCGAAGUGUUUGAUUAAAAGUCUAAUCCUAUAUUGCUAGUCAAAAUUAGUUACAUUCUGAUCUAGGAGAGAUAUAUAGUCAUUGGAUAUUGAAAUGCCGUGCUGUCAAAAAAAAAAAAAAAAAAAAAAAAGAGGGAAAAAAAAGAAAAGGAAACCUUUAUCUGACUCCCACGUGUGCUUGUUCUGAUGGGAUGUGUACUUAACAGUGGCUUGUUGCUGCUGUGGGGGGGAAAUGCAUAAACUAUACAUUGGAGCAUUUGCGUAUAAUUCUUUAUGACCUCCACUUUAAACUGUCAGACAUUGGUAUUUAUCAGUCCACACUGUUAAAUAAAGCUAAUGUUUUUAGAAAUCAACUUGUACACACUGUUUAAAAACCCUCAGGGACAGUUUUCACACUUUUCUCACUCAAUUCAGGUACUUUGAUGCUAUUCUUAAACCUAACAGUGACUUGUAUUUUUCUGUUUUGCUUUUAUUUCAACGUGCUGGUAGCACAUCUUUGAUGAAUGUCAACUUAAAAACUCAGUUCAGGUAUCCAGGUAUAACUCAGCCAAACAGAUUUUAAAGCUGCAUAACUUUCCAGCACAUGGUGCCUCACACUCUUAUAGUGGCAUUCUGUAGAUUCAGUUAUAACUACUGAGCAGAUAAUAUGGGGGUUCCUGUUAACAGUGUAUUUUUUUAAACAUACGUACAUGUAUAGCCACCACAUACACACACUCUUAAGCUGUAUAUUUUUAAAUGCCACUAAUAGCCAGCACAAUGAAAAUAAGUGACAUUCCUAGCUGCUUCUGUAAACCGUAACAGACGCAGCUCCUCCUUGAUACGGCUUUUGUUUCUUCAUCAUAACUACUACUAAAUUCAAGCACUGGUCCUUGGGUGUCUGACCUCUACAUUCUAUUUAUGCAAUGUCUUCAGAGAAUCUGUGCACUGGCCACUGUGAUGGAACCAUUGGGCUAUAAGUGCUUUGAGUUUAUCAGUAGUGAUUCUGCCAAAGUUGGUAUUUUAACAUUAAGUAUGUAAAA